AUGUCAUCAACUUCUACACAACAAGUUCGUCCAGUAAUUGAAUGUUUUUGUCAGAUUUUAUCUUUAUAUGGAUUUUCACCGAUUACACCAGAAAUAUUCCGUCUUGCGAAAUUUAAUCGUAAUGAAGCAACCAUUCCAUUAUGGCGUUUAAUAUUUGAAAUACUUCAUUUUGAUCCAACAAGUUGUAAUCAACAACAAACUAUGAAUAAAUUUGAUCAAAUACCAAAAGAUGAACUAGUCAAUAUGAUUAAAAGUAAUCUAUUUACAUGUGGUUAUACUUAUGAACAUUUUUUAUCACUUGAUAAUAAAAUGGAAAAAGGUAGUCAACAAUUACUUAUUUGUCUUGGUUGGCUUAUUUAUCAAAUGAAAUUAAUUGAAAAAUGUAUGAAAGAAUGUUUAAAUUCAAAUUCAAUACUUGAUUAUGAUGAUACUAGUUCACUUUAUAAAACAGUUAAUAUUGAACAUGUAAAAUAUCCUCCACAAGAAAAAGAUCUUGUAGGACAAGUAAAACAAGCUAUGCGUCUUAAUUCUAAAUUACGUUUUCGUUUACGUCGUCUUCAUGGACUUGUUAUUGAAAAUGCUAAUUUACAACAUCAAAUACAUGGUUGUCAUAAUAUGUCAUCACUUGAAGCUUAUCUUUGUCAACAUCCUCAUCUUUUAUCGCAUUAUAUGAUUGAACUUGAAAAUGAACAUCGUAAAUUAAAUUUAUGUCUUUUUUGGAAUCAACAUGAAGAUGUUUUUUGGAAAUGGAUGGAAAGUGUACUUGAUCAAACAAUAACAAUAGAACAAGAUGAAAAUGAAGAACAAUAUGAACCAUUACGUCAAAUUGAUUGUCAACGUUUAGAAGCUGAAAAACAAAAAUUUAAUGCUGCUAUUGAUACUCUUGAUAGUGCACUUGUACGACUUGAACAAUUAUGGAUAUCAAAUGUGAGAAAUUCAUAG